AUGGAAGAGGAAAUUUAUCGGCCCAUAAAUGCGAUUAGCAAAGAAGCAAAUGGUGAGAAAGCUUUGAAAAUUUUAUAUAUGUCAGCUUAUUUCACCCCUGCCAAAAACAUGCAUCUAGAUAUGUUCUCAUGUCUAUUUAAUGACAAUGAAGAAGAAUUAGAUGCUGCAUUUCUGUUGUUGAAAAAGUAUUACCUUGUAGAAUCGCACACUAAACAGGCAUUCUCCUUAAAAAAAACUGUUCAAAAAGAAAUUAGAGUAUUUUUGAGGCAGAAUAGCAAGGAAGAAGAUGUUCUGAGAGCCGCCAUUGAUCUACAGACUUUCCAUCUCUUAAAAGAUGAGAUUCAGCCAAAUUACAUUGAUCAUGCUUUGUCUCUUUUGACUCUCGUUCGUGAAUCUGAUGAACUAAUUAAAAUUUCUCUUGGUAUGCCGAGUCACAUUGUGUCGGCUAUGAGGAAACAUAACAGAUUAGGAGAAGCUUAUAUUUUUGGAAAAGAAGCCUUAAAUUUCUUGGAAAAAGUUGUAGGUGAGAACCAUGCAGAAACUCUCACUCUCCGACACAACUUAGCUACGAUACUGGAUGCUGAAGGACAGCAUAAAAAAGCAGUAAAGAUUUUGCAAGAACUGAAUGAAAAGGAUUUAAAAUAUUCGACUAUAAAAGAAAUGACUCAAUCUCUAGUCCUGCGCGCACGGGAAUUGUGCGAAUUAUCCAAAUACAAAGAAGCAUUACCUCUAUACCAGAUUCUGAUAGGCGAAAAAACUGUGCUAGAUACUUUUGAUAGUGAAAUUCUAACGGCCUGGCAGGACUAUGCACUUCUUCUGAGUGAUAUGGGCCGUCAUUCCGAAGCGAUUAGUAUUUUAGAGGACGUUAUUACACAACAGAAAAAAAUACUUGAUAAAGAUGACCCGUACGGCAUUGUAACACGAUUAAGCUUAGGUCAUGUCCUUCAAGAGCAAGGAAACCACACUCAAGCUAUGAAGCAGUUCAAGGACACUUUGUAUGAAAGCGUGAAAUACAAUGGAGAACUCCAUCGAGAUACUCUCAGGGCAGAACGAAAUAUCGGUGUUUUGUUAUUGCAUAAAGGUAAUUAUAAAGAGGCAUUGAAAAUAUUAGAAGAAGCUGAGAAAAAAUUCAAACAAAUUCUUCCUGAUUCCCAUCCAGAUGUCUUGUGUACACGAGCAAAUAUAAUUAGUUCUCUCAUUAGUCUAAAUGAAUAUGAUGAAGCUUUGCAAUUAUCAAAAGAUGUUUAUGAAACUUACAAAAAUAAAUUUUCAGAAAAUCACAACGAAGCAUUGACGGUCAAAUUCAACAUUGGUUCUAUUUUUUUAAAACAAGGAAGAUGGAAUGAAGCCAUGAACAUUUUUCGAGAAGUCUAUGAAGGAUUUUGUAAUAUUUUUGGCCCUGAGCACCAUAAAACAGUAGAAGUGAAGAUUAUAUUAGAACUUGGGUCCUGA